AAGAAAGAGAGAGAAAGAGAGAGAGAGAGAGAGAGAAAGAGACAGAGAGAGAGAGAGAGAAAGAGUACAUGUAUGAGAAAUAGUGUAUGAAUGAGGGGGAGGAAAUGGGCUAUUUUUAAAUAACACACUACGCAUCAUUGAAGAUGAAUUUUAAGGGUUCUUGCUCGAGAAACAGAUAUUCAUCACCGAAACCGUUUCCGUGCGACAAGUGCGAUAGGGCGUACAAGAACAAGAGCAGCCUGACACGCCACCAGAUCGUCGAGUGUGGUAAACUGCCUCAGUUCAUCUGCAGAACUUGCAACAAGGGAUUCAAGCAAAAGGGCAACUUUCAACGGCACAACUCGAAGAUACACGGCCAUAUUUUCCUUCUAGGAUCGUGAACGACCCAUUGCAAGAAUGAA